CCCCCCUGCGAACACAAAAGAAGAGAAAGAGUGAGAGCAAAAAAAAAAAUGAAUAGCGGAUGAUCUCGAUCCGAGUCAGAAACUGCAUGCAUUGCAUAGUGAACCAGUAAACGAUGCUGGUCGCAGCUGGUGCAUUGGCCUUCACGGCACUCCUCCUCGUUUAUAUCUAUUAUAAAGAUGCUCAUCGGUAUUGGGAGAGACGCGGCGUCGCGACGUUCGAACCGCGUUUCCCGUUCGGCAACGUCUUCACCAUCGUCUUCCGCAAGAACAGCAUCAACGAUAAGGUGUGCGAGCUGUACAGGACGAUGAAAGCCGCAGGUCACCGAUACGCGGGUCUUUACUUCUUCAGUCGCAAAGUCCUCGUGAUCCUGGACCCGCAACUGGUCAAGUGCGUCCUCUCCAAGGACUUCAGCUAUUUCAACGAUCGCGGAAUUCACUACGACGAGAUCAACGACCCGCUUAGUGCUCACCUGUUCUCCCUUUCCGGCGGAAAGUGGAAAACGCUGAGAACCAAGUUGACGCCCGCUUUCACCGCUGGAAAAACGAAAUUCAUGUUCGAACCCAUGCUCCACUGCACCGAGCAGAUGGCUACGGUGAUUGGGGAGCAACUCGCGAUUUCCUCGACGGUGGAAAUCAAAGAUAUCUUAGCGAGAUUCACAACCGAUGUCAUCGGCUGUUGCGCCUUCGGCAUCGACUGCAACAGCUUGAGUAAUCCGGACGCGGAAUUCCGCCGAAUGGGACGGAGGGCUUUCACUCAAACACCUAUGGACACUCUGAAAAUGGUUGUGAUCCGUAGCUUUCCGCAAUUAGCGAAAAUAUUUCAGCUCGGGGUGUUCGCGAAAUCUGUUUCGGAUUUCUUCCAAAGCGUCGUAGAAGAUACCGUUAGAUACAGGAAAGAUAACAGCGUGGAGCGCAACGACUUCCUGCAGCUAUUAAUGCAGAUGAUGAGCAAGGAAGGGGCGGAAGCUCUAACUAUGAACGAGGCCGCAGCGCAAGCAUUCAUCUUUUUCCUAGCAGGAUUCGAAACUACCUCUACUACAAUAAGCUUUGCUCUGAUGGAGAUGUCCAUGAACCCGACGAUUCGUAACCAAGCACGUAGCGAAUUAUUGCGAGUAUUGGAAGAGCACGAUAACAAAAUCACCUACGAAACCGUUAGCGAUCUACGAUACAUGGAAUCUAUAGUUCUAGAAUCUUUGAGGAAGUAUCCGCCUGCUCCCGUCUUCCUGAGGAAGUGCACCAAGUCCUACAAGAUACCCGACAGCGAUGUGAUCAUCGAGGAGGGUCUAUCAGUGCUGAUACCGGCAAUGGCAUUGCACAUGGAUCCCGAGUAUCAUCCGGACCCAGAAAUCUUUGACCCCAAUCGUUUCGCUAAUAAAUUAAAGGAUUACGCCUACAUACCGUUCGGUGACGGUCCUAGGAUUUGCAUUGGAAUGCGUUUCGCAAUGGUACUGGCCAAAUUAGCGUUAGCAGUGAUUUUGCAAAGAUUUGAUUUCGAACUUAGCGCUAAGACAAAGCUACCGCUCGAGAUGGAGAAGAAAGGAAUCGUGUUAGCGCCUAUCGGCGGUAUUUGGUUGGAAUUUAGCGCUGCUUAAAUUUUGGCGUUUACCUUCGCUGACAUCUCUAGGAUGGCUAUCUUCCUUUCCUGCGCUUCCAGCUUCUCCUGC